AGGGGGCGGUUAGUGCAUGAGACUCGAAAUGUGCUUGUGAUCUUCAGUAUAAUAUUGGACUCUACGUUCCAUUUACUCAUGGACCCAUGAUUUAGAUGAGAGGAAUCCGGAUCCCUUAACCAGGGAUCUAGAGCCUCAAUUUUGCGGAUUGAGAUCCCCAAAUUCAAAAAAUGAAUGGAAUCAAGAUCUCUUAUUCUGGACCACAGGAUUGAGCUUCUGGAUUUGGAGUGACCACUUUUUUGGGAGAUCCCCUAUGAACGACACAUCAAAAAAGUGGGGGCCUGACCCUCCUAGGCAUCGGCCUGAGGUGGUCAGAGGGGGCUAGAUGGGGCAGCCUGGCCGCAUGCCUGCGCAUAGUAUCUGAGCAUAGCCACCCUCCUUGUUUCACCCCUAUCCAAGGGUUGAAAAUGCCCUUGGGUAAAGAGCAUUUCAGGCUAUUUUCCUCUCUUCUAAAGGCACAAUAUAUUGGGGGUGGGACUCCUACCCGAAAACACACAAAUAUACUAGUUUUUUUUGUGUUAAACACAUUAAAAACUAGUGUUUGGUGAGAUUGUUGAGAGUGCAAUUUUUUUUUUUGUUCUUAAUUUUGAAGAUUUUGAUUCGAUCUGAAGGUGAUUGGGUUGGUGUUAUAACAUCAAGGAGGGUUAAAAGAUGUGCUUUUAAGCCACUUAAGUGUCAAAUGUUUGUAUCAAACCAAUGUCCAACACAUUAUGGGUUUAUCAAGGUUAAUUUUUGCAUUUUGUUUUUCCCUAGAACUCCAAUCCCCUAGGUACCCUGCCCCAUCCUUGCUGUCUUGGGCAGCCUCAUGGAAGAGGUAAACUUCCUAACAGGGCAAGGGGGGUGCCUAGUAGGCUAGACCCCCCUGGCCGCCUAGGCACUGCCUUCAAUAUGCCAGUUAAAUCCACAUUUUCUAAAUUGUUGUAACGUAAGCAUUUUGGCAGUUUCUGUAUGGGAAGAGCUGUUCUCUAUGUGUCCCUUUUGUAGAAGUGGACAAUAUUUUAUGUAUAUUUUAGCAAGGACAAUUACAUUGUCUUAUUCAUCUUUUCCUUUUUAUUCAUAAUGUUUCUAACUGUGAUCAUUGCUUGUUUGUUCUCGAGAAAGAUGAAUGUGAUGAGUUGACAGCUUCUACAUGUUAACUUUAUAUCAGACUAUUCCUGCUGCUCUAAGGUUAACAGUAAGUUGGAAGCUGUUUCACUGUCAAGAAUCACUUACUUGCGCCUCAAUUCUUUCCAGGUUUGGUCCAGUGAACAUAUUUUGGAGUUCCCGCUAUGACACAGCAAUGACUUUGUUUUUGGCUUGCCUCAAGGAUUUUGCAGAGUUCGCAAAUUCUAUGGAUAAAGAAAGCGGCAUACCGUUAGAAGACUGCUUUAAGCUUCCUUACAAGAUUGAAAAUGACAAAGUGGAAAAUUACAGCAUCAUUAUGAGCUUCAACAAGCCAGAGAAUUGGACCAAGGCCCUGAAGUACCUGAAGUACACUUUGUGCAACCUGAAAUGGGUUCUCUUCUGGUUUGUUGGCAACACCGGUUUCCAGCCUCAUCGAGACCCUUCAGUAAACUUUCUCUCUACUCCAAAACUGGUCCGACUGAAGAUUGAAUCCGAGUUCCCACAAACACCUGAGAUCCUUGCAUUUAAUAUAUUUUGAAUAUUUCAUAAUACUUCAAUGUAAAUACAACGGGCGCUUAUGUGUUCCCCUGAGCAGAAUAGAUCACUUCAGUCAAUUACAUGAUUCAUUGGUAAUCUUAAUAUUUUUCAUUUA